GUGCCCAAAUAUGCCUGGAAUAUGGAGUGAGGAGCAAGUGGAAGCAUGGAAACCAGUAGUGGAGGGUGUACAUGAGAAAGGAGGGGUCUUCUUUUGUCAAAUUUGGCAUUCAGCUCGCUUGUAUGUCCCUACUAUUAGUGCGUUAUUUAUCGGCGGAAUUCCCAUACUUACAGCACCUGCAGAUAAUCAAGUUUACGAGAAACCAAUACGCCAUCCUAAUUUGAAAUCUGAUGAAAUCCCUGGAAUUGUCAAUGAUUUCAGGAUCGUAGCCCGUAAUGCGAUUAAAACUGAAUUUGAUGGAAUUGAGAUCAACGCUGCAAGUGGCUACUUAAUUGACCAAUUCAAUAUUGAUGCAAGUAUUGAGGACCGUUGUCGACUUGCCCUGGAAAUAGUAGAAGCAGUGGCUAACGAAAUCGGAGCAAAUAGAGUUGGUAUAAAACUGUCUCCUUUUUCAGAUUAUGAUGGCAAAGAAAAGGACUCAUAUCCAGAAGCGGUAGCAAUUUACAUGGCGAAUGAACUAAGAAAACUUGGUGUUCUCUAUCUUCAUGUGGUUGAGCCAAGAGAAACAGCUAAGAGUCUUCUUCCCAUUAGGAAGGCUUUUCAGGGGACACUUAUCGCUUCGGGUGGUUAUAAUAAAUCUGAUGGGGACAACGCGAUAGAGGAGAAUUAUGCAGAUUUGAUCUCAUUUGGACGUAUGUUCUUGGCAAAUCCAGAUUUACCUAAGCGUUUUGAGGUUAAUGCUCCACUUAACAAGUAUAAUAGGAGCACAUUCUACACUCAUGAUCCAGUUAUUGGUUACACUGACUACCCAUCUCUUGAAGUAAUUGCUUCCUAA